AUGUUUCGCUACAGUCAUGCCGGUGCAUUCCCUCGAUCGCCAUAUGAAUUAUGGGCAGCACCACCGGCUGCCCAAGGUACCCCACGUUCGAGCCGUGCGCCACUUGAUCAAUCACGAAGUCGACGUGUCGCAGGCGAGGGUCAGCCUGUAGGAUUUCCUCCAGCGGCCAUGCAAAAAGGAGCACAAGGACCUCCGCCUGUCGUGCCUCCGUACAUGUAUUCCAGGGAUCCUAGAGAAGGAUUGGUAGGCCAAGCGGCUUCAAAUCAGAUAGCUAGUGGAUUAGAUGCAUUGAAUCUCAACCAGAAGAAUCCAGAAUUGAUGAGCGCUGCCUGGAACGCAUUCUUCAAAACGCUGAGCAGCGGUACUGCUGCAGCACAGCCACGCAAGCAGCACUGGUGA